UCGCGUCCCUCCCCUCCCAACCUCACCCUCUCUUCCAACAAUCCGUUUCGCAAUCGAGCAGCAUCGCCUGCUUCCAACGGUCACACAUCCCCCUUUGAAGCCCCCCCUCGUCCUGUAUCACGAAACCCUUUUCUCGACACCUCUCCAAAUAACGAUCCAAAACCAUUUGGUGGUUCACCAGACAAGAUGGCAUUUUCACAAAACGAGACUGCGGGAAGGCCAGCAUUGACGGGCAAUGCUGCCGAUUUAUUUGACAACCUCACACUCAACGAUAGACCGUUCGGCAGUAAUGAGAUGCGGGCUCCGGCUCGAUCAAACACAGACAGGCAGCCACCACCUUAUUCAUCAGUAGCUGAAUCUGGACGAUCCGAGAAUGUCCCCCCUCGACAUAGACCUUCUCGUUCUCAAGAGGAAGCACUACGAGCUCGUAAGCCAGGAGCCAAGCCACGUCCAGCUGGUGAAUUGGAUAUUUUCGCCGACCCAACAGAAAGCUCAUCAUCGCGGAGGCGAGUACGACGUAACUCGGACUCUUCUGUAAUGUCCAAAGCUUCGCGCAAGUUACUCGACCCGGAAGAGGAGAAGAAGAGAUCAGAGAGAAGGCGACGAGAGCGUAGACACCGGGAGCGUGAUGCUAAGGAUGGGAAGACCAGAAAGCCAGAUCGCAAGCUGGAUAUCAUUGAUAAACUUGAUGUUACUAGUAUUUAUGGUACUGGAUUAUUCCAUCACGAUGGACCAUUCGAUGCUUGCAACCCACACCGAAAUAAACAAGGUAGUCGCCGUCCACCACCAAUGCAGGCAUUCCCGAAGGAUUCCUUGAACAAUGUCCUAGGAGGUGGAGGACCAUUGAAUAAGCGUCCAGAUCACGCAACAUUUUUGGGCAACAAUGACGGUGACGCUUUCAAAGAUUAUAGUGCCGGUGUACAAGGAAAGAAUGGUUUCGAGCCUUAUGACAACGGUGCCGUUCGACCUGGUGCUCACCGACAGGACUCCAACAUUAUGAACGCUACUUCUAAAGUUGAACCUAUUCACGGUGAAGAGACGAUGGGCUUGGGUACUUCUACAUUCUUGGAAGGAGCCCCAGCAUCAAGAACUGCCAUGCAACGACGAGAGAUUGAAUCAACAUCACCCACAGAAAGCGGUGGCUUAGGCCGAAAGAAGUCGGUUGCUCAGAGAAUCAAGGGUAUAACCAGUAGCAGGCGCGAAUAUGGUCCUUCUGGACGAAUCACCAGUCCUGAAGGGGCUUACAAUCAGCGAUCUCCAGAUUACACACCUGGGGGAACCAAGAUUCAUGAAUCCAACCCUUUUUUCAACGAAUUCAGCAGGGGUGAUGAUAAGCCAAAGGAGAGCAUCACUAUCGUCGAGCCAGAUAGGGUUGGGCGUGCAAGAGCACCUAGCAGUCCUCGUCGUGGAUUCGCUGGUAUUGAGAGAAGAACUACGAAUGAUGGUAUGACUGGUGAAGCUCCUAAGGUCGGAGGUGGAUUCAUGUCGAGAGUCAAGAGUUUGAAGGGUGGGCCUAGGAAGGCCAGGGCUGAUAAAAUGGAGUCUUGA